AAGAAUUUGCACUUGAAAUAAAGCUGAAGUUGGUAGCGAUACACUCAUUCACCCCUUCUUUUACGUCAACAGUGAACACCCAUUUCUCCCUCCUAACAUUCUUCCCUGUAUCUAUCUCUGUAUCUCUAUAUUCCAAAACAAGUCUCCUCUUGACUUCUCUCUCUCUCUCUCGACUAUAUGUUUCUCUUCUUUAUCUCUCCCAGCUCACAAACUCCACACCCCCAUCUUCUCUUCUCACACAACCAUGUCAAGAAGCUUGCUGGGUGUUCUUUUUUGUGUCAUUUUCGUGAGUGUAAAUGGGAGAUUUGUGGUGGAGAAAGAGAGCAUAAGAGUGCUCUCGCCUUAUAAGCUAAGGUCGAAGCAUGAUGCUGCUAUUGGUAACUUCGGAGUCCCUAAAUAUGGAGGUUCUAUGGUGGGGUCCAUGGUGUAUUCUCAUCAGAAUUCUUAUGCGUGUAAGCCUUUUGAUGAUGAAAAAAAGCAGCCCUUUAAGACCCACAUUCUUCUUGUUGAUCGUGGAGAGUGCUUCUUUGCUUUGAAGGUUUGGAAUGCGCAACAAGCAGGUGCUGCAGCUGUUUUGGUGACUGACGACAGAGAUGAGCCUCUCAUAACUAUGGAGUCUCCCGGAGAAAAUGCUGAUGCAGAUGGCUACAUUGACAAGAUUGGAAUUCCAUCAGCUUUAAUUGAUCGAUCGUUUGGUGAGACUUUGAAAGCUGCUGUACAGAAAGCUGAAGAAGAUGUGGUAAUUAAAUUGGACUGGAGAGAGUCAAUGCCCAACCCGGAUCAGAGGGUUGAGUAUGAGUUUUGGACUAACAGCAAUGAUGAUUGUGGAAUUCGCUGUGAUGAGCAAAUGAAUUUUUUCAAGGACUUCAAAGGACAUGCACAGAUUCUUGAAAAGGGUGGUUACACCAUGUUUACACCACACUAUAUAACAUGGUUUUGUCCUGCGCCUUUGGUUCUGAGCGACCAGUGCAAGUCUCAGUGCAUAAACCAUGGGAGAUAUUGUGCACCUGAUCCAGAAAAGAAUUUUGGGAUGGGGUAUCAAGGAAAAGAUGUGGUAUUCGAGAAGUUGAGACAGCUUUGUGUGCACAGGGUUGCUAAGGAGAGCAACCGAUCUUGGGUUUGGUGGGAUUUUGUGACAGAUUUUCACAUUAGGUGCUCAAUGAAGGAAAAGAGGUAUAGCAAAGAAUGUGCUGAGGAUGUCUUGAAGUCCUUGAAUCUGCCAGUUGAGAAGAUAAAAGAUUGCAUGGGUGACCCUGAAGCUGAUGUUGAAAAUGAUGUCCUAAAAAUUGAACAAUAUCGGCAGGUUGGACGAGGAUCUCGUGGCGAUGUUACUAUCUUACCGACAUUAAUCAUUAACGAUGUUCAGUAUAGAGGAAAACUUGAGAGAACUGCUGUGCUGAAGGCCUUAUGUGCUGGAUUUCAGGAGACUACUGAGCCUCCAAUUUGUUUAAGUGGAGAUCUGGAGACCAAUCAGUGCCUUGAGAGGAAUGGUGGUUGCUGGGGAGACUCAAAAUCUAAUAUAACUGCUUGCAAGGACACAUUUAGAGGAAGAGUAUGUGAGUGUCCCGUGGUCAAUGGGGUGCAAUAUAAAGGCGAUGGAUACAUGUCUUGUGAAGAAUUUUUGGAAGAAGACGAGUUUUUCUUUUCGGACAUUAAAGUUUUAUUGUCUAAAUUUCCCCGGUCAUCAUGCAAGUCCGACGCCUCUGGAUCCGGAAGGUGUGCAAUAAACAGUGGGGGUUGCUGGUCAGAAACUAAAUACGGAGAAACGAUUUCAGCUUGCUCAGACUCCGAUAUAACAGGCUGUCGAUGUCCACCUGGUUUUCGCGGGGAUGGCCAUAAAUGUGAAGAUAUUAAUGAAUGCUCGGAAGGUCUUGCUUGUCAAUGUGAGGGCUGUUCCUGCAAGAAUAUGUGGGGUGGAUAUUACUGCUCGGAGAAACUUCAUAUAAUGGAGGAAGACACAUCUAUUGUUCCUACUACAGAAAGAAAUCCCACAAAAUUCGGAUGGUUCCUAGCCUUGUUGAUCUUAGGGGCAGUUGUUUCUGCUGCUUUUGUUGGCUACAUAUUCUACAAAUAUAGGUUUCGGUCUUAUAUGGACUCUGAGGUAAUGGCCAUUAUGUCUCAGUACAUACCACUUGACAGUCAGCAUCAUAAUCAAGUCAUUCAACAUGAAAAUGAGUCCCUACGACCAGUCAGCUCCGGCGUAUAAUAAAGAAGCUGCAGAACUACAUACAUCCUAUAAGCCAUUGGUGGUUAAUAAUGGCGAUAUUGUUAGAGACAUUUAGACCAUUUUCCCACAACUCAGCAUACGGUGCACAGUUGAGAUGAUUCUGAAAUUUGAAAUAUCCGGGAUACUUGUUUACUGGACCCUGCCCUCCUCUUUUCUUGUUUUGAUGUAUAUACUUUGUUGAGAUGUAGACGGAAGACCAUAGUUACUGUUACAAUUAUAUAGUUGAUGUAUAUAUUCAUAAAUGAAAUAUUAGAAUGGAAUAAAUAAGUUGAUGCUUUCCACAAA